AUGAUCUAUUUGGGAAUAGCGCUUCUUUUGACAUCUGCAAUUGCUAGUCCCGUCUACAAUGCCUAUAAUAAUGCUGUUUCCUCUGACGACUAUAUGGGAUAUAGGUUACCUGGCACGCAAAUUCCUUCAAAUUACAAACUGAAUAUUGUAGUCGGAAAAGAUGUAAUUGAAAACAAGAAAAAUACUUUCGAUGGUAUGGUAGAAAUUACUUUUAAAGUAAAAAAAGUAGGGGACGAAAAAUUGGAUUAUAUAAAAUUACAUACACCCUCUGAAAAAACAAGUGAAGUUAAACUCAAAAACGAUAAGGCCGCCGAAGUCAAAAUUAAAGCGCAUGAAUUCAACAAAACUUCUUCUAUUAUGACGAUUAAUUUAGAAUCUGAAUUAGAUCCUAAAAUGACAUACGUCUUAUCUAUGUCCUACACUGGAAACGUAGAUUCCAAAAGUAUGUACGGUCUCUAUAGAAGUAGUUUUAAGAAUGACAAAAACGAGACCGACUAUCUACUUACUACCCAGUUCGAGCCUGUUUACGCUAGAUGGGCUUUUCCAUGUUUUGAUGAGCCCAAAUUUAAGGCUACUUUUGAUAUAAGUAUCACCCAUCCUAAAGGAUAUUCAGUUUUGAGUAAUACUUUACCAGUGGACGAUCCUAAAGAAAAUGGAGAUGACCAAUUAACAACCACUUUCAAAACAACUCCCAAAAUAUCAACGUAUCUGAUUGCUUUUAUUGUGUCCCAUUUCACUUGUACCCAAGGCGAAAAUAUCGAUACUAAUGUAAUACACCAAGUGUGCUCUAGAGGUGAAUCGAGCGCAAAUAGAUUACUGGCUGCUAACUGGGGAAAGCUAAUUUUGAACGCUUUUGAAGAUUACACUGGUGUUAUAUAUAAUCAGACUGGUUUGUUGAAAAUGCAUCAGGUGGCUAUUCCAGAUUUUGGAGCCGGAGCAAUGGAAAAUUGGGGAUUAGUUACGUACAGAGAAAGAUUGGUAUUGUAUGACGAAAAAGAAUCUUCAGAUUUAGACAAGCAAAGCAUAGUUUCUGUAAUAGCCCAUGAAUUUACCCAUCAAUGGUUCGGUGAUCUUGUAACUUGCAACUGGUGGAAUGAUAUUUUCCUUAACGAAGGUUUUGCAGCCUAUUUUCAAUAUAUUAUACUAACUCAAGUGGCAGAAGCAAGUCCUUGGCAAGUGGAGAAACAAAUGAUUGUUGAUCAAUUGCAACCUGUUUUGGUUGAUGAUGCAGCUUCAUCUAGUAAAGCUUUGACAGCAAUAGCAGCCACUCCUGAUGAAGUAAAUGCCAAGUUUAAUACUAUUGCAUAUAACAAAGGAGCUAGUAUUAUAAGAAUGAUGGAAAACAUUAUAGGUAGUGAUAAUUUUAAAAAAGGUGUUACUAAAUAUCUCCAAAAUAAACAAUUCUCUAACGCCGUACCUUCGGAUCUAUUAAGUGCUAUGGAAGAACAAGCAACAAAGGCAAAUUUACCUGAGGACACUUCCUUAACUAAAGUGAUGCAAAACUGGCUUAAUGUGCCAGGUUAUCCUGUUGUAACAGUUACUCAAAGAGGAAAUGGCAUUAUAUUGAAACAAAACCGUUUCUUAUAUGAUAAAAUCAACCCAUCAUCGAAAUCAAUAUGGAUGAUUCCUAUUAGUUAUACAGUUCCAUCAGACGAAAAAAAAUUUGAUACCGCACCUAAGGCUUGGCUGAGUACUUCCUCAAUUCCCAUUAAAAACGUUUUUAAAAAUAAUUCAGACUGGGUAAUUGUCAAUAAUAAACAAGGUGCAUUUUAUAGAGUCCAAUAUGCUAACAGUCUUUGGAAAAGAAUCGCUGAUCAACUAAUGCACGACCAUACCAAAAUCGACGUUCUAAACAGAGCUCAAAUAAUUGACGAUUUGUUUAAUUUUGCCAGAGCCGAUAACCAAAUGAAGUACUCUCAAGCGUUUCAACACCUUAAUUAUUUAGGCAACGAAACUGAAUAUUUUCCUUGGGUAUCUGCCUUACAUUCUUUGAACUUCCUGUUGACAAGAGUUGGUGAUCAUACGACUUUGGGUGUUUCUCUAAAAUUAAAGGUAGUGGAAUUAAUAGGAGGAGUAUAUAGCACACUUUCUUUCGAAAAAGAUGAUUCAAAGUUGUCACUUCAAAGAGAUUUGAUUUUCAAUGCUGCAUGCAAAUAUGGAGCUGAAGAUUGUAUCAAAAAUGUUACUACGUUAUUCGAAACGUACAAAACAACUGGAAAGAUUCAUAGAAAUUUGAAGAAAGUCGUUUAUUGCCAUGGGCUGUGGAACAGCAACGACCAAGAAAAUGAUUGGCAUUUCAUGUGGAACAAAUAUCAAAGCACAAAAUUGUCUACUGAACAAGCAACGAUACUAGGAGCACUUGGUUGUACCGACAGGGCCGAUUUAUUGAAAAAAUACUUGGAAUUAUCUGUAACCGAGGGAUCUGGUAUUCGUAUUCAAGAUUUGGCAACAGUUUGGAAGUCUGUGUACAGCAACAGUGCUCAGGGUGCUAAAGUAGCUCUUGACUACUGGCUACAAAAUUAUGAAACAGUCAUGAAAUAUAGUAAAGCAGAUGCACCUGCCUUAUUAAGUGGAAUUGCUUCUCAAUAUAUUACUGAAGAUCAACUACAGAAAUUGAAAGAUUUCACUACCACGAAAGACCUUGCCGAAUCGUACAAAUCUGCCGUAGAAGCGGCAAUUAAAGUGGUAACUGGCAAUUUGGAAUGGUUGAAAAGGAUUCGUGAAGAUCUGGAAAACUAUCUUCCAGUUGCACCAACAGAAGCCCCACCAACUACUCCUAGUGGAGCAACAUCCAUUACAAAUUAUUCAUCUUUCUUUUUGAUAAUUGUAACGAUUGUUAAAUUUAUUUUAAUUAAAUAA